AUGUCGUCCGAUGAUUCUGACACAGAAGUCACAGGUGAGGUGGCAGCGCCGUGCUCUGCCCGGGGAUCCGACUCGGCGGAGCAGUGCUCCGCCCCGGCAGCCAGGCGACGACGACGACGUUUGCCAAGGUCGGAGAGUACUCCACCGAGACGUCGUCGUCGUCGUCAGGCGGGGGAGUCACCCCGACCCCAGGAGGCCGAUGCUCCUGAGUCACCCCGGGAGUCUCGUCCGAGCAAUCUGAAUUCUUGGCGGCGGCGGAGACGGGCCAAGACAGCGGCAGUUGCCCUGGACUCAGACAGGCUCGGGGCAGUGGCCUUGGGCUCGGUGGGGACAGUCGUCCCGAGCGAUCCGGAGUUGCAGGUUGCGCCUUUCCCACCAUCUGUGAAUGAGGAGAUGAGGGAUGAUGACACAUCGCAGGAGCCUCUGUUGGAUGAGUCAUCCCAGCUGGCCGAGGAGGCCAAGAAGAAGAAGAAGAAGCCUAAGAAGGCUGGGUGCAGGAAGCCCCAUCCCACGCGGUCGUACUACGACAAAGGGGGUUUGCCCGCCGCCGGGGUGGAGAGGAGGCGGACCCUCCAGCGGAUUUAUUCCCAGAACAGGAAGCACAGGGCGGAGAUUAGGGAGAGGGCGCUAGCCCGGGGAGAAGUCUCUCCCGAGGUUCAGUCGAACCUGAGGGCGGAGAUCAACGGUCUGCCCGAGGGGGCUUCGGCGCAAGACGUUCUGGCCGAUUGCCAGGACCGGGUGCUGCGGGAGCUGAGGCGAGUUGCCUGGGACAAGUUGCCCCGACACUCGCACGCGGGUCUCGGGAUGAUCCCGAGCUAUAUUAGGGAGGAUCCGGAGCUGUGGGAAAGGUUUGUUUUCCUGGCUGUGCUGGAGCAUCGGCUGAGUGAGCUGUGUGUGGGGACAAACUCGUCCCCGGAGGAGGAGGAGGAGGAGAUGGAGGAGGAGGAGUGA